AUGUCUGCCACUGCCCAAGCAAAUUGCAUUACCUUGAAGGGAUCCACGGAAAUUGUUGCCGAAUUCUUUGGAUACAGUGUCAAUAGUUUGCUCUAUCAGAGAGGAAUCUACCCUCCCGAAUCUUUCACCAAAGUAUCCAAAUACGGCUUACCCAUGAUGGUCACUACCGAUGAAACUUUGAAAAAGUAUCUCAGUCAAGUAUUGAAUCAACUCUCUUCAUGGCUUCUUCAAAAACAAGUUCAACAAUUAGUCCUCGCAAUUUCCAGUGUGAAUACCUCUGAGGUUUUGGAACGAUGGCAAUUUGUGAUUGAGACCGAUUCCGAUGUUAAUGCCACAGAAGGACACAAAACCAAAGAUCCAAAAGAAAUUACAAGUGAAAUUCAAGCAGUGAUUCGACAAAUUACUGCAAGUGUGACUUUCCUUCCAUUGUUGAAUGAACCUUGCACAUUUGAUUUGUUAGUUUAUACCUCCAAAGACACUUGUGUACCUAUUGCAUGGGAAGAAUCGGAUCCAAAAUAUAUUGUGCAUUCUUCUGAGGUCCGUUUGAGAUCAUUCACAACCAAAGUUCACAAAGUCGAUACUUUGGUAUCGUACAAGGACUUGUAA